CUCAUCCAGGCUGGUCAUGACCAUCCGCUCUUCAUUCUUCUUUCACUGGUCACUCCGGUCAGUCACAGUGAGCCGUUUUCUUCAGCUGUGAGAUGCCCUUUCUUAGGAGGAGCCCAGUUAUACAAGAUAUUCACACCAUUUGUUCUCCUCUGCACCUCACAGAUGCACGGAAUCAACCACAUCAGCGCUUCUGUUUCCAGAGGAUCUAAGGCUUGUUUGUUAAUGAUGUGUAGCAGAAGGUUUUCAGACACUUUCCAACAGUCUGUUUAUUCAUAGUUUUCCAGACUGACAAUCAUUUGUUUGUUUGGUCCCUGAAUGGCUGACAGACAGAUCAGCCUGCCAGCUAAACUCAUAAACGGCGGCAUUGCCGGCCUGAUCGGAGUCACCUGUGUUUUUCCCAUCGAUUUGGCCAAAACUCGACUUCAAAACCAGCAAAAUGGGUCUCGACUGUACACCAGCAUGUCUGACUGUCUCAUCAAAACCGUCCGAUCUGAGGGCUACUUUGGAAUGUACAGAGGUGCUGCAGUUAAUCUCACACUCGUUACUCCAGAAAAAGCCAUCAAACUCGCUGCCAAUGACUUCUUUAGAUAUCAUCUCUCCACAGACGGAAAGAAGCUGUCAUUGUUGAGGGAAAUGAUAGCUGGAUGUGGAGCCGGCACCUGCCAGGUGAUUGUGACCACACCGAUGGAGAUGCUGAAGAUCCAGCUGCAGGAUGCAGGACGGAUAAACGCCCAGAGGAAGCUGAUUGGUGAGGCUGCAGUUGGGGAUGGAGCUGUUGGGGGUCGUUUAGAGGUCAGGAACCUUACCGGCCUGCAGAUCACUAAAGAGCUGCUGAGGAGUCGAGGAAUAUCAGGACUGUACAAAGGCCUCGGGGCCACACUGCUGAGGGAUGUGCCUUUUUCCAUCAUCUACUUCCCCCUGUUUGCUAAUUUGAAUGAUUUGGGGAAGGGGGGUGUUGAGGGUCCUGCUCCGUUUUACUGCUCCUUCCUGUCCGGAUGCCUGGCUGGAAGUACAGCAGCUGUGGCUGUGAACCCAGUGGAUGUUGUAAAGACAAGGUUACAGUCUCUGACCCGCGGGAGUCAGGAGGACACUUACAGUGGAGUGACUGACUGUAUCAGUAAAAUCCUGAGGAAUGAGGGUCCUUCAGCCUUCCUGAAGGGGGCAUACUGCCGGGCGCUGGUCAUCGCCCCUCUGUUCGGGAUUGCUCAGGUGGUUUAUUUCCUCGGGGUGGGAGAGUUCAUCCUCAGCAUCCUGCCUGGAGCACGGCACUGAGGCUCAAUUUGGACUGCAUCACUGAUCUGGCCUGCUGUAGAUCUCCCCUGUGGUUCUUCAUGCCUUAUAGCAGAACCAGCAGACCAGCAUUGAACUGAAGCCUCAAGCAGCAGAAUGAAUUCAGUAGUGGUGAAUAGGGACUAUUAGAGCUUUCACUUUUAGUCAUACACAGAUCUGGAUCAUCUCAUGAGAGACCUAAUACUUCAACAGAGUAAAUGAUGCCCAUUUCCAAAGCCAAAUAUAAAGAAAAAUGUUGCAUUGUCCUUGUUGGCAGUGAUCUGUGAACUGUCUACUUCCAUGCAUAAAGUCAUCAGAACUAUAAAUGAAAAAAAAAACCAUUUCCAUUCCCACCAUGGCAGUAUGCUUUUAGCUUAGGAUGUUUGACAGUUUGAGUUUUUAAGUUUGAUGCUUUUUGCCUUCUUUAUUAUGGACAUUUCAGCUGUCAGAUUUUAAUAUGUUGUCUUCAUUGGGGUAAAUGAUUUGCUUGUCAAGAGUGGGCACAAGCUUUAUAGGGAAGUGUUGCAUUGGUCGUUGGAUUUGUGUUAACCUGAGCUCUCGUUACUGUGGGCGUAAUCUUGCUAUUGUUUUGUCUCGAUUGGAAAAAAUAUGUAUGACCAAAACAGAUGUGCCUAGCACUGCAUUAAGCACACUACACAAAGAAAACAUGGUUCUUCAUGGGUUCUUUAGUAAAGACACUCAAAGAACUAUCUCUAUGAUUAUAUUCAGAUUGAUGGAGAAUGCAUUGUAUAGCACCAAAAAGAUUCUGCUGUUGUUGAAAGGUCAAGUGUGUUUUGGCACGUUGUAGAACCAUUUUCAAAAAGGUUCUGUAUAGAACUAUAUAGUACCUUUCUAAAUAGAACACGUUCUCAAGCACCAUCUCUCCAUCAACCUGAAGAACCAUCUCACUGUGCAAAUAACCAUUUAAUUGGGUGGGGAGUUGUCCACAACACGUCAUACAACUUUGCGUCUUAAUGUCACACACAGGCCCAAUCCCAUUUCUUAUUUUCUCCCCUACCCCUUGUUCCACCUUAAAUGGAGCAGCAGUUACACUCUGGCGUGUCAGGCAUCAGAACUGCUGGACUAUUUAAGGUAGAAUGGGAAAUUUAGCUAGAUAGUGAAACAUCAGCGCAUCACCAGCAUUUUUUUUAUGCUCGUCAUGAAGAAAAGGACCAUAAUACAUUGAAUCGAGAAUAAAUUGACAUAAUACAAUGGUCAUUUUUUAACAGAGAAAAUUCUCAUUUUUGUGGCUUUCUUUGUGCGGCAUCUUGCUGGUUUUUCUUUUUUUCUCAUUACACUCUGUUUGGAGUGUGUCGCUGAAAAACCUCUGCUUGGAGGCCCUAACACUUCGCCCUACCCCUCUAUCUUAGCAAGAAUCGGGACAUCCUACCUCUAGCGCAAAAUGGAGGGCUCAGGGCUAAGUGGUAGGGGCAAGGGGGGAAAUGGGAUUGGGCCACAGCCUCAAAAAGAAAGGUCCAACUCAAUGUUUAGAUCUCAAAAUCAACAUUGUACUGAUGAAAAUGUGAUGACAAUAGUAGAUAAUUCACUCAUAUCCUCAUGAAAGAGAGUUCUCCUUCAAUCAUCAGAUUCAUCCGCUCAGGGAAGGAGACCGAAGCACAACCCACAUUACAAAAUAUUCUUCCAAAAUAGGCUUUUAGUGCCUUGUUAGUUCAUGUUCUUAGUCAUUAAGCACGAUUCAUCAAACUGUAAUGACUUUUGCAUCACUUCUAAAGUGGCUUCUUAUUUUUGAUUACAUCACGUGUUAUAAUUUUUUAUACUUCAACUCCUUGACAUCAACAGUGAACUUGUUGGAUGAUAUAUAUUUUUUGUAAUCUUUAUAAUAGUUUAAAUCUUUCAAGAAUCAUGAAUUACAUCAGUUAUUUAAUGCAUAAUUCUAAGAUAACACGUACACUAGUGAACAUAGAUGCCUGUUAAAAAAAACAGAUGUUUACUGUACUUUAUCAAAUGGAUGUGUAUACAGUCCUUUGCAGAUGUUUAAACACCAAAAUUACACGUUUGUUUUUCUACAUGAAAAUAGGUUAACACAUCCUCUACACAGAACUUAAGUAUGGAAUUUUUCUGCAACUUUUAGUGCACAGUUUAAAAUGUGACAACUU